AUAAGAUAAAGCAAACAAAUAAAUUAGUAAUAGGAUUUAUGAAAGUAAUAACAUUUUUGGAAGAAUAUGCCUAUAUAUAUAUUGAGGGAAUAUUGAUUUAAGAGAAAUGAACGAAUAUGUCAAAACUUUGACUAACAAAGCUUUUUAAUUUAAAUGGAAGGAUCAAGAAGAUGAUUAAUUACUAUAUCUAAGAAAUUAGAUUUGGUUUAUUUUUACUAAAAAUGAACUCAAAACUCGUCUAACUACUAUUUAAUCAUUUCAUUUUUAUGUUUUCUAGAUACCUUAUAAUAAUUAAAAUGAAUAACAUGCAUAAUUAUAAUCAUCAACUCAGAUUUUUUCAAAAAUGCAUUGUCUUUCUUAGAAGUAAUCUUAAACAAAAUAGUACUAAGGAGAAAAUUGACUUAGGUUUGGUUUUUAUGGACAAGAAUCAAACUAGAGUCAAGAGUAUUCAAAAGAACAAAUUUCAUAGCAAAUAAAUUUAGAAUUAAUACAAGAAAUUAGGGUUCAUCCAAGAGUAUUAGCAAAUAAAAUUUAGAUAAAAAAUUAUAUUAAGAUCAAUAGAAUAAAGAUGUAUUAAAUUAAAAUCUUGUGUUAGAUUUAAAUUUAGAUUUAUCUUUAUUUAUGAACAUAGAUACUAAAAAGUAUAAAUACAAGAAAAAUUCCUGAAGACUAGACGGAUGAUAUAGAAAAUAAUUAUUAAAAUGAUAAAAAUUUAAUUGAUGAAAACAAUCUCUAUUGUGAUUAUUUUUUUGUUAAUAUAUAAAAAAUUGAUGAAUUUACAUCAAUUUAUAGAUGUUUAUUUUGCGAAGAUUUUCAUGUUUGUAAAAUUUCUUAUUUUUAAUAUUUAGUGUAAGUUCAUCUGCAUCAAUUAUAAGAAAAUUUUCUUUAAUGA